AUGUCAAUACCACAACCACAGCAACAGCAACAACAACAACAAAUUAAUAAUAUCGUAGAGAAAAAUGCAGAUGCGUCACAGUAUACUGAAACAGGACAGGAAUCUAUGGCACGAGAUGAUGCGUCUUUUAUGAAAAGCCCCAUUCCCGCUUCCGAGGAGGUGGGAGCAGCCACCGCGGCAGGCAUGACUUCCAAAACGACCAACGACGACGACUCAAAUCUAGCUCUGGGCAAUGAAUUCAUUGUCUCCUGGAACGAACCGGAAGAUCAAGAUCCAGAGAACCCCCUCAACUGGUCCUCGGCUAAGAAAUGGCUAAACAUAUGUACCAUUGCGGUAAUCAGCUUCAUCGUCCCCCUCGUCUCCUCGAUACUUGCACCGGGUGUCAAGCUCGUCAUGGCCGAGUUCGACACCACGUCGACGACGUUUGCCACCUUCGUGGUCUCCAUCUUCGUACUGGGCUUUGCAUCCGGGCCGUUGCUGCUCGCGCCCCUGAGUGAGCUCUACGGUCGCGUCGUCGUCUACCACACGACCAACGUCCUCUUCUUGGGCUUCAACGUCAUGUGUGCUCUCUCGCCAAAUCAAUCGGUGCUCCUGGCCGCUCGGUUCUUCGCGGGGUUCACGGGUGUAGCCACGAUCACGAUAGGUUCGGGCACGAUCACAGAUCUGAUGCCGAAGGAGAAGAGAGGAAAGGCCGUGUCGAUUUGGUCGGUGGGUACCAUUUCCGGCCCGGCGAUCGGCCCCAUCAUUGGCGGCUACGUGGCCCAGGGGCUCGGAUGGAGAUGGAUAUUCUGGGUCGUCUCCAUCGUCAUCGGAGUCGUAGCCAUCGCUGCAUUCUUGAUCCUGGAAGAGACGUACGCGCCUGUCCUGCUGGAGAGGAGAGCGGCGAAGAUCAGGAGCGAUACGGGCAACGCCGAAUAUCGAUCCAAGCUCGCGUCGGACCUCACGCCGCGAGAUCACUUCCGAAGCAGCAUGGUUCGGCCGCUGACCCUGCUGGUCUGCUACCCCAUCGUCACGGUCAUGUGUGCGUACGUGGCUGUGUUGUACAGUCUCCUGUACCUCCUCUUUUCCACGUAUUCCUUCGCCUUCACCGUCGUCUACGGCUUUUCCACCGCGGAAAACGGCCUCAACUUCCUCGCCGGUGGCAUCGGUACCCUGAUGGGACUUGCAUACAUCGGGAAGCUCAGCGACAGAACCCUGAGGCGGCGGGCAGCCGCCGGGAGAGAGCUCACGCCGGAAGACCGCCUCCCCCUCAUCAUCACCAUCCCCGGCUCUCUUACCUUCCCGCUGGGCUUGUUCGUCUACGGAUGGAGCUUGGAGUACGGUGCUCACUGGAUCGUGCCUCAGAUUGGAACGGCCAUCACGGGAUUCGGUUCGAUCAUCGUGUUCAUCAGUGUCCAGACCUACCUGAUCGAUGCUUUCGAAGCCCACGCCGCGAGCGUGGUCGGGGCCAAUGCGGUGCUGCGAGGCACGGCUGGCGCCCUCCUUCCCUUGGCUGGUCUGCAAAUCUACGAUGAACUGGGAUGGGGCUGGGGAAACAGCCUGCUGGCAUUUCUUGCUCUUGCCUUUGCGCCUCUGCCCUGGAUCCUCGGCAGAUACGGUGCCAAGAUCCGACACUUCAAGUACAGCUAG